CCUCGUGUUUACCGUGCCCGCCAACGACAACCACGCCAAAAAAAUCCAGUCCAAUAGCCGACAAAUUCUUCCUACAUGUCAACAGUCCAGUGCCGAUUCUUCGUUUCACCACAAACCCAGAUUCCCUGAUCUCUGAUCCCCAAGAACUCAAUUCACAGUCUAUAAAACAUAUUUUCCUAUUAAAAAUCGCAUUUUGUGGCUUAAAUUUGCUCAAAAUCGGAGUGGUUGGGGCUUUCCAUGGCUCUGCAACUCAGCAGUGUGGGGUUUUGCUUCUUCCGUGGCAGGAGGGCUCUUACCACGAGAGCCGUUGCCUCUGAGAAUGUUACGACGUUGAAGGAAGAGGACAAGGUGAAGCUGGGAAGCUCGGAUGUGAAGGUCACUAGGCUGGGCUUGGGAGCUUGGUCAUGGGGAGACACCAGCUACUGGAAUGACUCCGGAUGGGAUGAUCGGAAGCUGAAGGCAGCUAAGGCGGCUUUUGAUGCAAGCAUUGAUGGUGGCAUAACCUUCUUUGAUACAGCUGAAGUCUAUGGUUCCGCAUUCAUGGGAGCAGUGAAUUCAGAAACUUUACUUGGAAGAUUCAUCAAAGAAAGGCAACAAAAAGAGUCAGUUGAGGUAGCUGUGGCAACAAAAUUUGCAGCUCUGCCAUGGAGGUUCGGCCGGGGGAGUGUCGUUUCUGCUCUCAAAAAUUCACUUUCCCGUCUUGGGCUUUCAGCAGUUGACCUCUACCAGCUUCAUUGGCCGGGGAUUUGGGGAAAUGAAGGAUACGUUGAUGGACUUGGAGAUGCUGUUGAACAGGGCCUCGUAAAGGCUGUUGGAGUCUCAAACUACAAUGAAAAGCGUCUUCGAGAUGCUUAUAAUCAACUCAAGAAGAGGGGAAUUCCACUAGCUUCAAACCAAGUAAAUUACAGUCUCAUAUACAGGAAUCCUGAGGAAAAUGGCGUGAAGGCUGCUUGUGAUGAGCUGGGAAUCACUUUGAUUGCAUAUUCUCCUAUUGCUCAAGGUAUCCUGACUGGAAAGUAUACACCAGAGAAACCCCCAACAGGCCCUAGGGGCCAGAUUUACACUCCUGAAGUCCUCAAAGAGCUACAACCUCUGCUGACUAGGAUUAAAGAGAUUGGACAGAGUUAUGGCAAAAGUCCCACGCAGGUAGCUCUGAAUUGGUUGACAUGUCAGGAGAAUGUUGUGCCCAUCCCUGGAGCCAAAAAUGCAGAACAGGCUAAGGAAUUUGUUGGUGCUCUUGGGUGGAGGCUCACAGAUCAAGAGGUUGAGGAGCUUCGCUCACUAGCAUCUAAAACCAGACAAGCUGUUGGAUUACCUCUUGAUAAAUUGUAAUUUGACAGUUGCAAGAACAUAGUACGAUUAUAUACAACCAAAUGAAAUAUCUUGUACCAUGCAUAAUUGCACAUGUAUCACUCCAAUGAAACAACCAUGACAUGAAAUAAUAGAUUCCAAAAAUUGCAGAAGUUGACAAAUGAAA